CACCUCUUGGGCUGGUCCGUACAGCCAGUCCUUCACAGUGCUCUUCUCGCUAAACGCGUUCAUGUCUCUUCCCAUCGAAAAAAGUGCAAUUCCCGUUUUGGACAGUUCUGAACACGAACACCGCUGUAUGCGCGGCCCCUCGACAGUGCGUGCUGAAUGGAAACAAUUAUGCCGUGGAAACCUGCGCUCUGCAGUCGCAGAGCCUGAUAAAGCAGGGAACUGAUGGGUUUCAGGCGUAUAUGAGGGCGAGGAGGUUUAGCGAUCCGGCUUGCACGGCUACCACUCUGUUGGAUUCCGUGGACUACUUCCUCGCCGACGGCAAAUGCCACCCCUCCCCGUCCUCACUCCUCUAUUUCAACGCAAACUGCACCUCCGGCGUCUUCAACUACUACGACGAUCAGAACUGCGCGACGAGCCCAAAUACGACGGCCGUCCGGGGUGACUCUAAAUGUGUGGACUCGCAUCGUGUUUCUACGAAGUGGUUCAGCUCGUUUGAUGUCGGAUGUGUCGACGGGGGUGCUUUGAUGGGCGUGCCGUCUAAACCAUUGGGGCCUGCGACGUCCAGUACGGCUACCACUCCCUCUGCGACUGCAUCUGCGACGUCCGCUGCAAUAUCGACUGCAACCGCGGGGCCCGACAACCGGGGAGUGGUUGACCCUGGAAGUGGCACAGUGUUGAAAAUCGCCCUUGGAGGUAAUAUCACCCUCUGAGAUGCAAUGGCACCGCGCGUAAUAUCAUCCCUCUUCUCC